AUGGUGGAUCUACAACACGAACGAAAGCACCUACAACAGCGCAGAAAAAUAGCAAGCACAGCGAGCUUUAGCGAACGAUGCGAACGAUGCGAUCAGUGCGAACGAUGCGAACGAUGCGAUCAGUGCGAACGAUGCGAUCAGUGCGAACGAUGCGAACGAUGCGAUCAGUGCGAACGAUGCGAUCAGUGCGAACGAUGCGAUCAGUGCGAACGAUGCGAACGAUGCGAUCAGUGCGAACGAUGCGAACGAUGCGAUCAGUGCGAACGGUGCGAACGAUGCGAUCAGUGCGAACGAUGCGAACGAUGCGAUCAGUGCGAACGGUGCGAACGAUGCGAUCAGUGCGAACAAUGCGAACGGUGCGAACGAUGCGAUCAGUGCGAACGGUGCGAACGAUGCGAUGAGUGCGAACGAUGCGAUCAGUGCGAACGAUGCGAACGGUGCGAACGAUGCGAACGAUGCGAUCAGUGCGAACGGUGCGCAACUAAUCACAAGUGA